AUGAUAUUCGAAAUAAUAUCUACUAUUGAUUUAUUAAAUACAACAUCGGGUAUUUAUAUUGGUCAAACAGUUAAUUAUCGUGAUAUAAUUAUACAACAAUAUCUUGGAAUUGAAUAUGGUCGAAUAAAAAAACGUUUUGAUCGUGCUGAACCAAUUAUUCGAGAAAAUAAUACAAUUAUUAAUGCAACAUCAUUUGGACCUGUAUGUAAACCAACAAUAAGUUCAUGUACAAUAAAUCGUGAUAAAUAUCCAUUAACAACAUCUUGUUCAGUUAAUUAUGGAAUUUUUUCAAUAACAUCAUCACCAAAUGAACAAUGUUUAUUUUUAAAUGUUUUUAUACCGAUAAUUAAUAAUGAUAAUAAUACUAAUCAAAGAAAAAAACCUAUAUUUAUGUGGAUACAUGGUGGUUCAGCUCAAGUUGGAACAGGAAAUGUAUUUGAUGGAACUAUUCUGGCAGCUGUAGGAAAUAUAAUUGUUGUAACAUUUAAUUUUCGUCUUAAUCUUUUUGGUUUUCUUUCAUCCGGUGAUGAACGUUUAGAAGGUAAUCUUGGUUUAUAUGAUCAAUCAAUGGUACUUAAUUGGAUAUAUGAAAAUGGUGAUGUAUUAGGUGGUGAUAUUGAACGUAUUACAGUUGGUGGUCAUUCAGCUGGUGCACCACAUGCUUAUUAUUUAGCUAAAUCACCAUUUAAUCAAGGUCGUAUACGUCGUUUAAUAUUACAAAGUGGUUGUCCAUUUAAUAUUUGGUCACAUAUAAAAGCUGAUCAAGCUAUUGAAAGAUUUAAUGUUGUUGUUAAUGAUAAUCAAUGUGGAAUGAUGUUAACAUUUGAAGAAAAAUUACAAUGUUUACGUGAUAAAGAUUAUGAUUUAAUUGCUGAAUAUGAUCAUCAUACAUAUGCAAGUUCUAAUCAUACAAAUGUUGUUAUUAAUGGUAAUUAUAUGAAUGAAUUUCGAGAAGUUUUAGAUUCAAAUGAUACAUUAGUAGAUAUUGAUAUUCUUAUUGGAUCGAAUGAUGAUGAAGGUGCCUAUGUCGCAAUAGUACCUAUUCUUAUUGAACAAUCCAAUCAAGAAUAUAUAACACUUCACAAUGUAAAUUUUACUGAAAUAUCACUAAAAUUUCUUGCUGCAAUGUUACCAGAUAAAACAUGUUUAUAUGAAAAAGCAUUAGAAUUAUAUCAUAUCAAUAUUAUUCCAGAUGAUUGUUCUCAAUCAUCUGAUUGUUAUUGUUCUUUAUUUUAUAAUUAUUCUCGUCUUGUAAGUGAUAUUUUAUUUUAUAAUGAUUAUUAUCGUUUUCUUAUUCAACGUAUUCAAUAUUCAAAUAAAACAUUUAUUUAUGAAUAUUCAUAUCGAACAUCACAAGAACAUCCAACACCAUGUAAUGAUUAUUUAUAUAGAAAUAAUUUAGUUGGUCAUUUUGCUGAACUUGAAUAUACAUGGGGUACACCAUUAUUAUUUGAAAAAACAAAUUAUACAAAUAAUUUAAUACCAUUAAUUAAUUAUAUUCCAUAUGAAUUAAAUUUAUUUGAUAAUUAUACAAAUGAACAAAUAGAAUUUAGUGAAUUAAUUAUUGAACAAUGGUCAAAUUUUAUUAAAUAUGGUCAACCAAAUAGUACAAAAUUUGAAAAUCAAUGGUUACCUAUUAUUAAUAUAUCAAAUGGAUUAAUAAUGCAUUUAAAAAUGAAUGAAAGUCAAAUGAAACAAUUUGAAAUUCCAUCAAAUGUACAGUUUUGGAUGAAUACAUGUUCAAUAAUUGAAAAUCAUAUGAUUAAUAAUUUAAAUGAUCAAGCAUCAUUUGAUGAAAUAUCAAUUCCAAUAUGUGUUUGUACAAAUAUGUUUCGUAGUUUCAAUCGUCGUUUUAUUCAACAUGGACUUCUCUUUUGUACAUCAGCUUUGGGUACUGGUUAUAUUGGACAAUAUAUUCUUAAGAAAAAUAAAUUAAAUGCUGCUAGUCCUACAUUACAUAAACCUGAAAUAUGGUUAGAUGAUUUUCCAACACGUGAAGUUCAAAUUGAUAAAAUGUCAAAAGAAUUCGAAUAUGAUAUUGUUGUUAUUGGUGGUGGUGCAACGGGUUGUGGAGUAGCUGUUGAUGCAGCAAGUCGUGGUCUCAAAGUAGCUUUAGUUGAAAAAUUUGAUUUUGGUAGUGGUACAUCAUCACGAUCAACAAAAUUAAUACAUGGUGGUGUUCGAUAUUUACAAAAAGCUAUAAUGCAUCUCGAUCGUGAACAAUAUCAUAUGGUUAAAGAAGCUUUAUAUGAACGUGGUAAUCUUCUUAAAAUAGCUCCACAUUUAUCAUAUCCAUUACCAAUAAUGUUACCUGUUUAUAAAUGGUAUCUUUUACCAUAUUAUUAUGCUGGUAUAAAAGCAUAUGAUUUUGUAUCAGGUCGACAAUUACUUCGAUGGUCUUAUGUUAUAUCAAAAACAAAAGCAUUAGAAUUAUUUCCAAUGUUAAAAAAAGAAAAACUUGUUGGUGCUAUUGUUUAUUAUGAUGGACAACAUAAUGAUGCACGAAUGAAUAUAUCACUUGCAUUUACAGCAGCACGUAUGGGUGCAAAUAUUGCAAAUCAUUGUGCAGCUAUUGAAUUUUUGCAUGAAGAUAUUAAAGUUGAUAAUAUUUAUGGACAACCUGAAACAAAAAAAAUUAUUCGUGGUGUAAAAUGUUUUGAUCGUUAUGAAAAUAAGGUAUUUACAAUUCGAACUAAAUGUGUUGUCAAUGCUACUGGACCAUAUACAGAUACAGUUCGACAAUUAGAUGAUCCAUCAUUACCACAAAUUUGUCAACCAUCAGCUGGUGUUCAUAUUGUAUUACCUGAUUAUUAUAGUCCACAAGAUAUGGGUCUACUUGAUCCAAAUACAUCCGAUGGACGUGUUAUAUUUUUUUUACCAUGGCAAAAACAUACAAUGGCUGGUACAACUGAUACACCUUGUGAAAUAACUGAUUAUCCAUCACCAUCAACUGAAGAUGUUGAUUUUAUAUUAGGUGAAGUACGACAUUAUCUUUCAUCCGAUGUACAAGUACGUCAUGGUGAUGUUUUAUCAGCAUGGGCUGGUAUUCGCCCGCUUGUUCUUAAUCCAAAUAAAAAAGAUACACAAUCAAUUGCAAGAAAUCAUAUUAUACAUGUUAGUGAUUCAGGUCUUGUUACAAUUGGAGGAGGAAAAUGGACAACAUAUAGACAAAUGGCUGAAGAAACUGUUGAUCGAUGUAUAGAAACAUCUAAUUUAAAACCGAAAAAUGAUUGUGUAACAAAAGGUUUAAUUCUUGAUGGUGGUGAAAAAUGGACACCAACUUCUUAUAUUCGUCUUGUUCAAGAUUAUGGUCUUGAUACUGAAGUUGCUAUUCAUCUUUCAAAUACAUAUGGUGAUCAAGCUUCUAAAGUAGCUGAUUUAUCAUCAUUAACUGGAAAACGAUGGCCAGUUGUUGGUAGACGUUUACAUGAAGAAUUUCCUUAUAUUGAAGCUGAAAUAAGUUAUGCUAUAAAAGAAUAUGCUCGAACAGCUGUAGAUAUUCUUGCUCGACGUACUAGACUUUCAUUUUUAAAUGUAAUUGCUGCUGAUGAAGCUCUUCCUGGUAUAAUACAAGUAAUGGCUAAAGAAUUGAAAUGGAAUGAAAAAAAACAAAAAGAAGAAAUUGAUCGUGCUAAAAACUUUUUAUUACAUGAAAUGGGUCUUAAUUUAAAACGUGAUAUGCAUCGUGAUGUACCAAUUAAUUUUACACGUGAUGAAAUGAGUUAUUAUUUAAAAUAUUUUCGUCAAAUUGAUGUUAAAAAUAAAGGAUUUGUAACAAUGACAGAUUUAAAACGACAUUUACAAACAUUAAAUACUGAUAUAUCUGAUGAUGAAUUUCGAAUAUUAAUCGGUGAAAUUGAUCAAAAUCAAAAUGGAAUUAUUGAAACAGAAGAAUUUCUACAAUUAAUGAGCGCAAUUAAAUCUGGUAGUUUAUCAACGAGUCAUUUUGCAAAAGCUGCUCGAUUAGAUAAAAUUAAAAAAACCAAUCCAUCACCAGAACGAAGUGGUGGUGACAAAAAUAACGAAGGAAAAAAAAAACAACCUACACACGGGUUUAGAAUGGGAAGAAAGAAAAUUCAAAUAUCAAAAAUAACUGACGAACGUAAUCGUCAAGUGACAUUUACAAAACCGCUCAUUAUAUUUAAUUCGUCCAAUAAACUUUUCCAAUAUGCAUCAACGGAUAUGGACAAAAUCUUGCUCAAAUAUACAGAAUAUAAUGAACCACAUGAAAGUCGAACAAAUAAUGAGAUCGUACAGAUUCUUCAUAAAAAAGAAUCCAAACAUCUCGAUCAAAAUGAUAGUGAUAAUGAUAUGGAAGAUGAAAGUGCUAAUGAAAUGGAUAGUAAUCAUCAACUUCCAUCUCAUCAUCAUCUUGAUCCAACAUUAAAUGAUUCAAGAAAACGUACAAAUCAAUCUCAACAAGCUGGUAAUUAUCAUCCAUCAUUAUCAAUGGUAAAUGGUAUUGGACAACAAGCAACACAACAACAAAAUUUUUUAACAGUUCAUGGAACAACUGGCAUUGAUGCAUCUUCUUCACCAUCACCUCAAUCAACAUAUUCACCACCUAGUUCACCAAGUGAAUCCCGUACAAGUCCAAAUACAUCAUCGAAACAACAAUCAACAUCAAAUAUAAAUACUAAAUUUUCAAUAAAUUCUAAUAGUGGAACAUCAUUAACAACAACAUCAUCACAUCAUAAUGAUUUGACAGGUGGAGGAGGAGGUACAAACAAUCGUAUCAAUGAUUUUACAUUAAAUACAGUUAGUGGUAGUGGUGAAAGUAAUAAUUUUCUUCAUUGGCAUCCAUCAUCUCGUUCAUCCUUAGCAGCUGCACUUCAAAUGAAUCCAUUACCAUUAGGUAUGAUGAAUUAUGAUAUGCAACAAGCUCUAUGUGCUCAAUCAUCGGCAACAAAUAAUAACAAUAAUAAUAAUAAUCCUACUGGUCUUAGUCCACAUUUAUAUUAUCAACAACAACAACAACAUCAUCUUCAUCAUCAACAUCAUCGUCCAAAAACUGAACCAUAUUCACCACCUAUGCCACAUGCUCCAACUAGUGCUCGUUCAUCACUAAAUGAUACAAAUUCCGGUCCAAAUCAUCCGAUAUCAAAAACUCCUAUACCUCAACAACAACGAUCAAUUGAUUAUUUAAAUUCAUCUUCAUGUUCAGAACCAUCACUUAAACAUGCACGUUUUGAUCCAUCAACUUGGCCAAAUACAACUUGA